CCCACUGUCGAGCUUGGUGACUCGGUGCCCGCUGUCGUGCCAGAUUACUCGGUGCCCGCUGUCGUGCCAGAUGACUCGGUGCCCGCUGUCGUGCCAGGUGACUCAGUGCCCGCUGUCAAGCUUGGUGACCCAGUGCCCGCUGUUCUGCCAGAUGACUCGGUGCCCGCUGCUCCGCCCAAUGGCCCAGUGCCCGCUGUUCUGCCAGAUGACUCGGUGCCCGCUGCUCCACCCGAUGGCCCUGUGCUCCGCCCAAUGGCCCGGUGCCCGCUGCUCCGCCCGAUGGCUGGUGCCCGCUGCUCCGCCUGAUGUGCCUCUGCCUGCUGCCCAGCCUGAUGUGCCUCUGUCCGCUGCCCAGCCUGAUGUGCCUCUGUCCGCUGCCCAGCCUGAUGUGCCUCUGUCCGCUGCCCAGCCUGAU